AUUAAGCGCUGGCCGCGCAGUCGUUGUCGUCGUCCACUUCGCGGUGCAUGUAAAACAGCAAGCGAGAAAACGUGUACAGAAAAUAAACCAAAGAGAGAAGUGGAGAAACAGGAAAACAGGAAGAGGCGCAUCUGUAAAUCCGAUCGUGUGUAUAAUCGUUACAACCUCACAUCCGUUGCACGUCGGACUUGUGUCACCUAAAUGGCUAGUGAGCAGACAAUGGAGGGAGCAGCAGCAGCCGCCGCCGAUGCCGUCGCUGCCGGCGACGAACCCUUUCUGGGACUCCUCGAUGUGGCACUGCUCGCGGUCCUGAUCGGAGGAGCAGCCUUUUACUUUCUGCGUAGCCGCAAGAAGGAGGAGGAGCCCACACGCAGCUAUUCCAUACAACCCACAACAGUGUGCACGACCAGUGUUGCCGAUAAUUCGUUCAUUAAGAAGCUAAAGGCCUCGGGACGCAGCCUGGUGGUCUUCUAUGGCUCUCAGACCGGCACUGGCGAGGAGUUUGCCGGCCGUCUGGCCAAGGAGGGCAUUCGCUAUCGUCUCAAGGGCAUGGUUGCCGAUCCCGAGGAAUGUGAUAUGGAGGAGCUGCUGCAGCUGAAGGACAUCUCCAACUCGCUGGCCGUGUUCGCCCUGGCCACCUAUGGCGAGGGCGAUCCCACGGACAAUGCCAUGGAGUUCUACGAGUGGAUAACCAACGGCGAUGUCGAUCUAACUGGUCUCAAUUAUGCGGUCUUUGGGCUGGGCAACAAAACCUACGAGCACUACAACAAGGUGGCCAUCUAUGUGGACAAGCGGCUGGAGGAGCUGGGCGCCAAUCGUGUCUUUGAGCUGGGACUGGGCGAUGACGAUGCCAACAUUGAGGAUGACUUCAUCACGUGGAAGGAUCGCUUCUGGCCAGCCGUUUGCGAUCACUUUGGCAUUGAGGGCGGCGGCGAGGAGGUGCUGAUACGCCAGUACCGUCUGCUGGAACAGCCGGAUGUGCAGCCGGAUAGGAUCUAUACGGGCGAGAUUGCACGCCUGCACUCGAUGCAGAAUCAGCGACCGCCCUUCGAUGCCAAGAAUCCGUUCCUGGCGCCCAUCAAGGUCAAUCGGGAGCUGCACAAGGGCGGCGGACGGUCGUGCAUGCACAUCGAGCUGAGCAUCGAGGGCUCCAAGAUGCGCUACGAUGCCGGUGAUCAUGUGGCCAUGUAUCCGAUCAACGACAAGAGUCUCGUGGAGAAGCUGGGACAGCUGUGCAAUGCCGAUCUGGAUACGGUGUUCUCACUGAUUAACACGGACACGGACAGCAGCAAGAAGCAUCCGUUCCCCUGCCCCACCACCUAUCGCACGGCCCUCACCCACUACCUGGAGAUUACUGCCAUUCCGCGCACGCACAUACUCAAGGAACUGGCCGAGUACUGCACGGACGAGAAGGAGAAGGAACUGCUGCGCAGCAUGGCCUCCAUUAGCCCGGAGGGCAAGGAGAAGUACCAGAGCUGGAUCCAGGAUGCCUGUCGCAAUGUUGUCCACAUUCUGGAGGACAUCAAGUCCUGCAGGCCGCCCAUCGAUCAUGUUUGCGAGCUGCUGCCGCGCCUGCAGCCACGCUACUACUCGAUCUCAUCGUCUGCCAAGCUGCAUCCCACCGAUGUCCAUGUGACGGCCGUUCUGGUCGAGUACAAAACGCCCACGGGCCGUACGAACAAGGGUGUGGCCACCACCUACCUGAAGAACAAGGUGCCCGGCGGCAGCGACGAAGUGAAGGUGCCCGUCUUCAUUCGCAAGUCGCAAUUUAGGCUGCCCACGAAGCCAGAGACGCCCAUUAUCAUGGUGGGACCGGGCACCGGUCUGGCGCCCUUCCGCGGCUUCAUCCAGGAGCGACAGUUCCUGCGCGAUGAGGGCAAGACAGUGGGCGAAUCGGUGCUCUAUUUUGGCUGCCGCAAGCGCAGCGAGGACUACAUCUACGAGUCCGAGCUGGAGGAAUGGGUCAAGAAGGGCACGCUCAAUCUCAAGGCGGCCUUCUCCCGGGACUCCGGCAAGAAGGUCUAUGUGCAGCAUCUGCUGGAGCAGGAUGCGGAUCUGAUAUGGAAUGCGAUUGGCGAGAACAAGGGACACUUUUACAUAUGCGGUGACGCCAAGAACAUGGCCGUGGACGUUAGGAACAUUUUAGUGAAAAUUUUGUCCACCAAGGGUAACAUGAGCGAGGCCGAUGCCGUGCAGUAUAUCAAGAAGAUGGAGGCCCAGAAGCGCUACUCCGCCGAUGUCUGGAGCUAAUCGGAGCGGCGUCCUCUUCUUUCCCCUUCUUUCUACACAAAAGCAAAUGAGAGUCGAAACACGCAUAGAAAAAGAAAACACACACACACACACACACACGCAAUGGAAAACACCAUAAAUAGGCCACACGAUAAGCUUAAAGUUGUCUAGUUUGUUAAGCGUAAAUAGGCGUAAUAAUUUUUGGUUUGGGAACUCCUUCUGCGGUUCAACAAACAGUGAAUGAGUAGUAAUGAUUAUUAUGUGUAUGUACAUCUUAGUUUAAACAAAAAAUGAUUAUAAAUGUUUGUGCCUUCGGAUUGUGAAGCGAGACGCAAUGUUUCCGCAUUGUUUAAUGCACAUGAGCGCUUAAUCAAGUUAUUGUUUUAAGUAGUUUUGUAUGUGUGUGCGAUUAUUAAUUUAAAACACAUUUUUACAAGCA